AAUAGUUUAGUUCUCCCUAUUAAUUGGUUAAUUCAACUUAGGUUAGAUUAAUAGUGUCUUGGUACUGUAGGAUAGUCUUCGAGGGAACGAUAUCUUACUCAUCUUAUACUGCAUAAUCGAUUAGGUUCACUUGCCUAAAAGUAGUGCGUAUUUGGUGCAUCAAGGUGCUAAUAAAAAACCCAAAACAACUCUGCCAAAGAAAUGCUGUGAAAAAGGGAGGUCAAAGAAAUGAAGAAUAUGAAAUGUUCUCUAGAUAUUUUAUGAGAACUUAUCCUUUUUUGAGUAUAGAAAUGCACGAUCCUAAACACAAGGUCCAUAAACCUGUGAAAGGUGUUUUGAGACUGGAAAUUGAGAAGCACCAGACAUCUAAUGUGGAGCUGGAAAAUAUUUCAGAAAGUGCCAGCAUGACCAGUGAAUCUAUGGACCUAGGGGAUCAAGUUACUAAUGCAUUGUUCAUUAAGAGCCCCAACAAUGGUUUUGAUGGGCCUCAGAGUAGCAAUUCCAAGUGGAUUCCUAAUGAUGAGAAAAAUGCAUCUGGAAAUGGAAACACUCAUGGAAAUCCGGAUCUCAAUGUUGGUGAUCAUUGUAAUGCUGACUAUAACCUUAGCACCGUAAGAUAUAUUAAGUCCAUAGACCAUAGACCAGAGAAUGAGUAAUUGAGGAUAUGAUUGAAAAUGUAUUAGAGAUAAAGGAUACUCAUGUUAGAGAGGUAAAGACACCCCUUGUUGAUAUGGUUGCAAUUUAUGCAAGUGCAACUCUUGUUGAUUUCCAACAUCUGUGGGUGAUUCACAAGGGUACCUGUUUUUGAGUAGCAUGUUGACAAUAUAGUUGGCAUUGCAUAUGCAAUGGAUCUACUUGAUUUUGUUUGGAAGAUUCAAUAUCAGUGUGGAAUCUUCUUAGAAAAUUCCAGAUCAGAAAGGUUCACAUGGCUGUUGUUCUUAAUGGAUAUGGCAGUACUGUUGGGAUGGUAACCUUAGAAGAUGUGGUUGAGGAGAUUGUUGGAGAAAUCUUUGAUGAAAAUGAUUCAAAGGAGGAGAUCCAGAAGAAAACUGGCUAUAUUGUAAUGAGAGCAGAGGGAGUAUAUGAUGUCCAUGCCCAUGCAUCUAUUUAUUGGCUGAGGACUUGAAUAUCAAAAUGGCAGAGGAACAUCAGUACGAGACAGUAUCUGGUUUUGUAUGCGAAGUAUUUGGAUACAUCCCUAGGGCUGGUGAGAGCAUCAAAGUUGUCCUCAAAAGGGAUAAUCAAGAUGAUGAUGAUAAGCAUGAUGAAGAUGGAUCUGAUCAUCAAGAUUUGACGGAAAGGCAUCAAAUAUAUAGACUUAAGAUCAGUAGAUUGAGGUAGCAGCAUCUCGGUUUAGGAGCUUUUGGCACGGAACUCACAUGCUCGUUGUAUGUACCAGCUAGGGUCUCGUGUUUUCGAUAGGGAGGCAGAUCGAUGUCUUACCAAAACCAUGACUCAGCUUUUGUUUUUUGAAAAGCUUUGAAGAAGAAUUUGCCUCGUAUAAUUUUUGGUGUAAAUUACCUUUAUGUAUAAAAUCUUUGAAUUAAU